GUGAGGACGGCGGGCGGCCGCGGCGGCUCCGAGAGAAGAAAGACGUGGCAGCCAGUGGGACUCGGGGUUCGGUAAAGUUUCUGUUCUCUGAUUUGGGGAUAUUCCCUGCCCAAAAAUUUCCUGGAAAAUUGACUAGUAUUAAGUGCGUAAUAGAUUGGAUCUGAGUGAAGACACAGACCUUCCUGUUGAGAGCAACCCGCUAAUGAUUGCAUUUUAAAGACGAUUUCUGUGGUUGAAUUGUCUAUUGGAAGAUUAACCCAUUUCAAGAGGUCCUCAUCUUGAAGCAGUGGCUUGUUUUCAAGAAGCCACUUCCGGUCUGAGGAUCUACCCAGCAUGCCUAAUCAAGGAGAAGACUGCUACUUUUUUUUCUAUUCCACGUGUACCAAAGGUGACAGCUGUCCCUUCCGUCACUGUGAAGCUGCACUCGGAAAUGAAACUGUUUGCACAUUAUGGCAGGAAGGCCGCUGUUUUCGACAGGUGUGCAGAUUUCGGCACAUGGAGAUUGAUAAAAAACGCAGUGAGAUUCCCUGUUACUGGGAAAAUCAGCCAAUGGGAUGUCAGAAACUCAAUUGUGCUUUCCAUCACAACAGAGGACGUUAUGUUGAUGGACUAUUCCUACCUCCAAGCAAAACUGUAUUGCCCACUGUACCUGAGACAGCGGAGGAGGAAGUGAAAACUAACCAGCUCACAGCUCAGCAGAACAAGCUGUCUGUCCAGUCUAAUCCCUCGCCCCAGCUGCGGAGUGUUAUGAAAGUAGAAAGCUCAGAAAAUGUUCCGAGCCCAACACAUCCUCCAGUUGUGAUAAAUGCUGCAGAUGACGAUGAAGAUGAUGAUGAUCAAUAUUCUGAAGAAGGUGAUGAAACCAAAGCCCCUCUCUUGCAACCGACUCCUGAAGUUCAUAAUGGAUUACGUGUGACUUCCGUCCGGAAACCUGGGGUCAAUUUAAAACAAGGUGAAUGUUUGAAUUUUGGAAUCAAAACUCUUGAAGAAAUCAAGUCAAAGAAAAUGAAGGAAAAAUUGAAGAAGCAAGGUGAAGGUUCUUCAGGAGUUUCCGGUCUUUUACUACAACCGCAACCCGUUCCAGGACCUGAGAAAGAGAAUGUCCGGACUGUGGUGAGGACAGUAACUCUGUCCAACAAACAAGAAGAGCCGUUGGUAAGACUGAGUCUCACUGAGAGACUAGGGAAACGAAAAUGUUCUAUUGGUGGUGACUGCGACCUUCCCUUGAAACGCAGCCUUGCACAAAGGCUAGGGAAGAAAGUGGAAACUCCAGAAACUAAUAUUGACAAAGCACCAAAGAAAGCUCAAGUUUACAAGUCUCUAAAGGAGCGAUUAGACUUGUCAGCGUGUCCAAACAGUGAGGAGACAGCAGAAAGAGUUCAUAAGGUUGGUGAGAUCCAUGUGAAGACACUGGAAGAAAUACUUCUUGAAAGAGCCCACCAGAAACGUGGAGAAUUUCAAACUAAACUCAAAACGGAAGCACCUUCAAAAGUUGAGGAUUCUGCUUCUGGACCAAGAAGCUCCUCCACCAUCCGAAUCAAAACCUUCUCUGAGGUCCUAGCUGAGAAGAAACACCGGCAGCAGGAGGCAGAGAGACAAAAAAGCAAAAAGGAUGGAGCGUCCAUUAAGCUGAAGACUGAUAACGAAAUGAAAAAAACUGUGGUUUUCCCUGCUACUGUUGCCAGCAGAGGACAGCCGGAGGAGCCUUCAGGGAGGAGCAGGUCCAUCCAGGAGGUACGCAUCAAGACCCUGGAGGAGAUCAGGAUGGAGAAGGCGCUCCGCGUCCAGCAGGGCCCAGAGAGCUCCACCAGCUCCCCGCUCCAGCCCGAGGCCACCCAGGGCACACGGCGGAUGCUUCGGAUCACCAAAAAAACAGGUUUAAAAGAGGAAAAGAAACUUCAGGAAGAAAGUGAAGUUGCUUCUCAGAGCAGUGUAACUAGAACAGAGGCGAAAGAGACUUCAGAUGAGUCCACAGAAAUUGGCAUCAGUAAAAUUCAAGCCAAGAGAUGUGAGACCACGAGAGAGAAAUACAUGCCGAAGCAGCCAGAGAAGGGAACUUCACAGGAGGAGUUGGCAGUUUUGACACCCCUUCAGGGAGACAUCAGCAAUACCCCAGCGGCUGAGAAACCUGUCCUCGCUCCUGUGGCCGGCCCCAUGCGGCACCCGGCAAAGCGACCUCCCGUAAAGUCAUCCCAGAAGGCGGAGGUGGAAACCUCAGGGAUCGGCGACUCUAUACUGAAUGUGAAAACUGCGGCACAGGCCUUGGAGAAAAGGGGUAAAGCUAAACCCAAAGUGAAUGUGAAGCCAUCUGUGGUUAAGGCUGGUUCCUCUCCUAAAGUCGCCCCGAAACGCAAGGCUUCGGAGACCCACCCUGCUGCUGUGGCAGCUGUGCGGCCACUCAGCUCCGGCAGCGCCGUAGGCGGAAGCCCAGCCAAGAAGGCAGCCUUGGCUGUUGUUCCAAUUCUUUCUGAGGAUCAGUCAGUCACUGUGCAUGAGACAGAAAAAUCCAGAGACAGUCCUGUGCUGCCGCCCAUCCAGUCCUCUUCAGUUCCCUCCCCGCCGCCGGAAGUAUCUGGUUCUUCUUCAUCCCAGAUGGCCACGAAAACCCGCCGACUCAGCUCUGCCUCAACAGGAAAACCUCCGCUCUCUGUGGAGGAUGAUUUUGAAAAACUGAUAUGGGAGAUUUCCGGAGGCAAAUUAGAAGCAGAGAUUGACCUAGAUCCUGGGAAAGAUGAAGAUGACCUCCUCCUUGAGCUGUCAGAAAUGAUUGACAGCUGAAGAUGGCGGGAGAAUAACAAACGAGAAAGGAAAAGAAAACUCGCCAAAAAAACUGGACCUACUUUAAUCUAUUAUUAUAACACUUACCCAAGAUGAUUGUUUUAGUCUAGAAUUUGCCCCAAACCAGAAGUAUACCUCUGAAUAAUUUUAUAUGUGUCCUGGAUUCCUUGGGGUCAGAUUUCUUAAAUCCCUUAACAACCAUUUUACCCAUUUGAUGCCAUUGUUUAGCAUCUGUGAGGGGGGAGGGGGGAAAAAAGUCUUAUCCCUCUUGCUACAAAAGGACUGAGGAGGGAGAUCCAAGUGAAAGGGUGCAAGAGAAUUUAGUGACUCCUUGAGGUGUUUGUCGGUUUUAGCUUUUUCCCUUAUGUUAUUUGAUUUCUUUCCUUAUUAUUGUACUUGAUGUUUCCUGAGUUUCAAAAGGAUGAAGACAGCUGCUACCAUUGAGGACCAAAUUUAUCACUACCACUAAGCAUCACCAACAAAAAAAAAAAAUCCACCCAGUCUGUGUUAAACUGUAUGUCUUUUUAGAGGUAUUUGGAGAGCCAGCUAAGCUUUAGACAGGGCCCCGCAGUCAGGAGCCCAGUAGUUAGACUUAACUUUAUGAAUCUGAUUUUCAUGCUCCCACUGCUCUGUGUGUCUCUGAAGAGCAAUAGCUAAUUUAUUAUUACUGUAAUUUUUAAAAGGCUUUAAAGUGCCUCAGGGGUCCUCUGAAACUAAUUUUCUAUUUCUGGGAUUCCCUGGACUCUGGAGAGAGUUGACCUAAUGAGUGGAAUUCUCACUUCAGUGUGAAAAGUUGUCCCUUCUCCUCAGUACUUGCCUCCUCCUAACAUUGAAUUAUCCAAGGAAUAAAAAAAAAAUGGUUUUAAUCUUUUAUUUCUAAUUCGCCCAGCAAACUCCUCUUGCCCAGUAUUUAUUUGGUGCCCAUCUCCCACCUACGGGGAAAAAAAACUCAUGCAAGCUGCCAGUAUUUGUGGGCGGUCACAGUACACUGGCUUGUACUGUUUCUGGGAAUGGCCGAGUGCUCUGGGGGUGUAUUGUAUACCUUCCAGGGGUCCUCAUUUCUGAACUGGAGUUUUUCCUUGAUGUCGGUGUCCUUUAUAUCACCACAAGGUUUAGACUUGUAAAGAAACAAGUUAUGAUGGAAAUAGUAGUCUUAAAAGGAGAUUUCAUUGUACAUAAUUAGAAGGAAGGGGAAAGAAGGACUUGUCCUUUUCGAUACUUUGCUGUAGGUGGCCAGUUUUGUUUCUUAUAGGGAAAUCUGACCCACCUGUCAUGUUGGCUCCUAAGGAACUGCUGUUAUAAGCGGCUCAUCAAGAGUUGAACUUCAUGUAGCCUUGUUGGGAAUACAGAAAAGGAAGAAAGCCACAGGACUGCCAUUCAGUCUUGGGAAGUUCUGGAUGAUUCUGCACAAGCAAAAUGACUUGAAGUUUAUGUACAGACACCUCUACCAGUCCAGUCCAUCUUCAGCUGACUGAAUGUUGUAUAAUAACCCUUCUCCAAAGCAGGGUGGAAUGUUCUGGUUUCACCACAGAUUUUCUACUCACUUCAUGUUUGGAAUUGGCUUCAAGAUUCCAAAUCCCUUUUGUAUAUAAUCGUAUUUUGCUUUUUUAAAAGUAAUUUUGUUUCAUAUUUAAAACCCUUGUAUUAGUGAUUUAUGUUCAGCAUUGUUUGAUCCAUUUGCCAUUUCAGAAAGAGAAAUACUUAUUUGUGUUUUAAAUAAAAAUGGCAUAGGAAAGUCUU